AACAAUCUCUCUUUUUUUGUCGCAGAAGAAGAGGAAGAGAACGAUUCAUUAAUGGCAGAUUUGAUCUCAACCCCAAGCAUGGAACCGCUGCUCUUCUCUGUUGAUCCAAUGUCUCUCAUUCUCUCUCAAAAUUCCGACACACAUCAGCUUAAACUCUUGUUAGACAGUUUCUGCGGAUUCGAGAGGGGACCAAGAUACGAGGAAUACUCACGGUUGCGUGAAUCGAAGCUUCGCAUGAAACGAGAUUUCCAGAGAUUUCUCGACGAAGAAGAAGAGGCAGAAGCAGAGCCGAAGAAGAAACAAGUGAGGUUCGAGGGUGAUUCCGUAAUUUCAAGAGAAGAAGAAGUUGUAGUUACACCAGAGAAGAUAAAGAAGCAGACUCGGUUUGGGUUUUCUCCCAUGUCCAAAACGAGAAAAGCUGCUCCGACUUCUUCUUUGGCUCAGUCGGUUCCUGAUUUCUCCGCCGUGAUACGUAAAGAAAACCGCCGUCCGGUUAAUUACAACACGACUCCUCCGCCGCCGUCUUCGAAGAGCAGAAACGGCGGCGUUUUGACGGGAUCGGCUUCUUCAUCAUGCAUUGCCGCGAGAGGGAGCAAAUCGGCGAAUGCAGGGGAGAAGAAGAGUAAAGGGUUGAUGGGAAUGGCGCGGAAGAGCUACGCGAACGUUGAGGAUCUUAAGAAGAUUUCAAUGGCUGCCGCUUCGGCUAUUAACGGCGUCGGAGUCGGAGGGAGAAAAGCCGUUGGCGGUGGCCGGAGCAUUUUGGGUUACAGACAAGUCUACUGAUUUCGCUUUCCAGUGCUUUGAUUUUUCUCCCACGAGUCUUUGUUCAUUUGUGUGCAUUUUGAUUGAUGAGAUGGCAUUCUUGAUUUUGUUUUCUUUCUUUUUACUCUUUUUUUGGUUGCGUUUGUGAUUGAUUUGUUUGUAAA